GAGGCGCGGUAUGGAAGAUGGAGAGUGCAAAGAACAGUGUCGAGUCCAGAGGAAGGGCGUGCGACAAUGAGUACCAGAGACAAUAUGUUGCAAAGCAAAGAUUACGCAGCAGAAAGCAAAGAUAAUGUAACAAAGAGGUGGGCGGUGCUGGGUGGGUGGAUGGAUGGUUGAACAGGAAGAACGUCAGAGCCAAGGGACCUUUGGGACCGAUUGACUGUCUGGCAUGGGCUGGACUUGGAGUGUCACUUGGGGGUCUGUGGCUGGGCGGGUUCACUGUGGCUGGAGCAGGGGUCAAGCCACACGCUACCAGGUAGGCAAUCACGGGACAUUCAGCAUUCACUGACAUCAAAGCUUCGUCGCGUCGCCUCGCGGUAGCUGAAGACGAUAAUUCCAGCAACCAUGAGCGCACCUCUCACAGGGGGCUUUGACCCCUUUGACAAGCUCAAUGCCGACACUUCGUCUCUGCGGCACGAGGCUGAGGCGCAACCCGAGUUCAAGAACGUCCAGGAUGCGGCAAAGGAGCAGCGGAUAGCGCAGCUGAUGGCGGACCAGUCCCUCCAGCCCAUGACCGUCAACGAAAUCCGGAUACACGGCGCCUCCAACACACGUCGCGGCUUUCUCGAUCCCCUGUUUGGCCCAUUGACGGCGGGCAAGGACAGCGCACCCGCCACGAUCGGCGAGGUGAUGGGCAGCUUGCAGGUUGCGAACAACAAGAUUAGCAACCUCCAGAUCUUCCAGCCGAACCCCGAGAUCUUCCUCACGUCCUCCCAGCAGACCGAUCCCUCGACGAGCCCGACGGAUGUCGACGUCGACGUCAAGGUCCGAGAGCUGCCUCGCUUCAAGCUCCAGACAGGGACAGAUGUAGGGAAUGGCGAGGGCUCUGCCUAUGGUUCGCUCCUAUGGCGCAACAUUGCCGGCGGCGCAGAGAUGCUCUCGCUGAACGCCAAGACGGGGACACGCACGCGGUCGGCCUACAGCGCGAACCUCAGCGCACCGGUAAUGAGUGACCCCGAUCGGAGAGUCGCCGUCGAGGCGCUCUCGUCGGCUGCCGAGAAGCCAUGGGCCUCGCACGAGGAGGUGGUCAAGGGAGGCAGCAUCAAGUACCAGUGGCUCAACGCUGUUCGGGACUCCUUCUCCGUGGAAUACGCUGGCGCGUGGAGGCAGGUCACUGGACUGGGCGCCGGCGCCAGUCCCACGGUUCGCGGCGACGCUGGCGACACAGUCAAGAGCGCGGUGCGAUCUACAUUCUACAGGGAGCGCCGAGACAACCCCCAGCUGCCGCAGAAUGGCUACGUGGUUCGCUCUGCGUGGGAGCUGGCUGGUGUCGGCCCUCUAGGCGGCGAUGUGGCCUUCUCCAAGAGUGACGUCGAGGUGGGAGGCGCCGUGCCCAUACCACUUCCCGGUGUCGAGGGCAGGUCAGGGGCAUCGAUCGGGGGCGGUCUGCGGAUGGGCAUGUUGUACCCCCUGCCUCUGGGAUUGGGCAACGGGAGCACGUCUCAGCCGAGCCGCAUCAACGACCGAUUCCAGCUCGGCGGACCAACUGAUGUGCGUGGAUUCAAGCUUGGUGGCCUAGGGCCGCACGACGGGCACGACUCGGUGGGAGGGGACGUCUUUGCUGCGGCCAGCAUCAAUGCUCUGUUGCCAUUCCCCUACAAGGGCCCUGACUCUGGUCUACGAUUUCAGCUGUUCGCCAACGGCGGCCGUCUCGUCAGCCUGCAGCCAAGGGAGGGAGGCCGCAAGACAGGCGACGCGGGCAUGAGCGCGGGCGCCGUGGGCAGAGGCAUGUUGGAUGCCGUGGCAGAUCUCUUCAGCGGUGUUCCCAGCACAGCAGCCGGAGUUGGGCUCGUGUACGCGCACCCGGUCGCGAGGUUCGAGUUGAACUUUAGUCUGCCUCUGGUCCUGCGGCGGGGGGAGUUGGGGACAAAGGGGUUGCAGGUUGGUGUAGGGAUCAACUUUCUGUAGUAAUUAGACUAUGUACACCUUGUAAAGUAACAUGUAACUUGGCUUGUCUACGGACGCCGCCUAGAUCGCUGGCCACGUUGUAUGUAGCUGUACGUCGUUUGCGUUCUUGCAUAGUGUUUCGUGAUGGCCACGCCACAUUUGAA